GGGAUCUCGUAAGGACCUUCCCCCCUCCCCCCCACACACAUACACACACUCCAUGAGAGACGCCAUUCGGAGAAUGUUGGUCACAAGCUAAUUUUGAAAAUCCCUUAGCAUGUACCAUAAUAUUAAGGUGUGCAAAGUUGUACCAUCAAGUACUCAAAUGAUCAAUCAUAGAUGAAAUUGCAAGGGUCCAUGUUGUUCCACCUUCUAUGUGCUUUGUUGCAUUAUGCCAAAGUGAAGAGGAUUUGCUAGUGUAUAUCUAUCUUACUUGAUUCUGGUAAUACCUUGUCAUCUAUCUCAAUCAAGGGACUAGAGCAAGAGAUAAUGUUCUCUAUCGGUGAUGUGAAGUCUCAUUAUAAGGGUGCAAACCUACUACCAAAAUGGAAGGCAUUUCAGACAACAAUAUAUCUUGAAAGGGUUGAAGGACUUCUUGACUCAAAAAAGAUUGCUGCAUUUGAUUUUGAUGGAUGUCUUGCCAAGACAAAUGUAAAAAGAGUUGGUGCAAAUGCUUGGUCUCUUAUGUAUCCUUCAAUACCAGAGAAACUUCAGAGCUUGUACAAUGAUGGCUAUAAGCUGGUAAUCUUUACCAAUGAAUCAAAUAUAGAGCGCUGGAAGAACAAAAGACAGACAGCUGUGGGCUCCAAAAUCGGUCGACUUGCAGGCUUUAUAAAGCUUGCGAAGGUCCCAAUCCAGGUCUUCAUUGCUUGUGGCUUCAAUGCCUCAACGAUUGACCCCUAUCGCAAACCAAACAUUGGAAUGUGGUCUCUUCUUAAGAAUCAUUUCAAUUCUGGACUUCCAAUUGACAUGGACAAAUCUUUCUAUGUUGGCGAUGCUGCUGGUAGAGAGAAGGAUCACAGUGAUGCAGACAUUAAAUUUGCCCAGGCCAUUGGACUGAAGUUUUACGUUCCUGAGGAAUUCUUUUCUGUCUAGGAAUAUGUGUCACUCACCUGUGCGCAUUGUAGUCCUGUUCCCGAAGAAAUGUAGCAUAAUUAAUAUGGAUAUAUAUC